CGCACUUCAUGGUUUAACCCAAAAAGGAAAACCCACACAUUCUUGUGGACAAUAUCUCUGCCUUUGCAACCCUUUGUUUCCUUCCACUUUCCACAUCCAUGGAGACACACACAGACAGCUUGUGGGUUUUGGCUCUCGCUUCCAAGUGUAGAGCUUUGUCUUCCCACUUGCUUUUCGUUUUUCUCUGCUUGGCUUGGCUAGCCAUGGCUUUGUGCUACUGGGCUUACCCUGGCGGCCCUGCCUGGGGAAGAUAUUGGUGGAAAUUAGGAUCGAGUAAAACCAAGCCAAAGCCAAUACCAGGGCCACGUGGGUUCCCGGUGGUGGGAAGCAUGAACCUAAUGGUUAACCUCGCUCACCACAAGCUCGCGGCAGCUGCCGAGUGGUUCGGAGCUAAGCGGCUCAUGGCUUUCAGCCUAGGUGAAACACGUGUCAUCGUGACAUGCAACCCCGAUGUGGCUAAAGAUAUCUUAAACAGCUCAGUCUUCGCUGACCGUCCAGUGAAGGAGUCUGCGUACAGCCUGAUGUUCAACAGAGCGAUUGGUUUCGCUCCUUACGGAGUUUACUGGCGAACCUUAAGGAGAAUCGCCGCCACUCAUCUCUUCUACCCGAAACAAAUCAACGCCUCAGAACCCCAGAGGUCUGAAAUUGCUGCUCAAAUGGUGUCCACGAUUGCAUGUCACACCGGAGACUUCUCUGUCCGAGAUAUACUCAAGCGAGCUUCGCUUAACAACAUGAUGUGCUCGGUGUUUGGACGAAACUAUGAAAGCGUGGAGCUGGGCGAGCUCGUGGAACAAGGUUACGAGCUGUUGGGGAAGCUCAACUGGUCCGACCACCUUCCUUGGCUUUCAGGUCUCGACCUUCAGAAAAUCAGGUUCAGAUGCUCCAAACUCGUUCCUAAAGUGAAUCAGUACGUGAACCGGAUUAUCAAAGAGCACAGAGACCAAACUGGCCAAGGAAACCAUGAUUUUGUCGAUGUUCUUCUGUCUCUUCAAGGAACAGAUAAAUUAUCGGACGACGACAUGGUCGCCGUGCUUUGGGAGAUGAUAUUCAGGGGAACGGACACUGUGGCGGUUUUGAUAGAGUGGAUACUAGCGAGGAUGGUACUCCACCCAGACAUCCAAUCAAAAGUGCACGAUGAGAUCGAUCAGGUUGUCGGAAGAUCAAGGCCGUUGAAGGAAUCAGACAUUCAAUCAAUGGCUUACCUGCCUGCUGUGGUGAAAGAGGUUCUUAGGCUACACCCACCUGGCCCGCUUCUGUCAUGGGCCCGCUUGGCCAUCACGGAUACGACAAUUGAUGGGCACCACGUGCCGGCGGGGACCACAGCAAUGGUUAACAUGUGGGCAAUCACAAGGGACCCACAAGUGUGGUCGGACCCACUGGAGUUUACACCGGAGAGGUUCGUGUGCAAGGAUGCUGCCGAAGUGGAGUUCUCCGUGCUGGGGUCUGACCUCAGGCUGGCGCCAUUCGGGUCGGGGCGGAGGACUUGCCCCGGAAAGGCAUUGGGUCUGACCACGGUGACCUUUUGGGUGGCAACCUUGUUGCAUGAAUUUGAGUGGGUGCAGUCGGAUCAUAAGCCGGUGGAUCUCUCCGAGGUCUUGAAGCUUUCAUGUGAAAUGGCAAACCCUCUUACAAUCAAAGUGAAAGCAAGGCGCAGAUAAGAAAUUAAAAUACCCAUCACGAUCGAAGAAGGCAGAAGGCAGCUGAAGGCAUAACCUUUUUGUAUAUAAUAUGGUCGAUCUGAAAUAUGUUCGAACCCUCCAUAAGCUUUUCGUGUGUGCUCCCUGUACUUUUUUUUUUAUAUAGAUUGUGCUCCCUGUACGUACUUGACAACAUCAUAUAUAUGUAUGUCUAUGAAACGUACGUGCUACUUUGUUUCAAUUCCCUUUUUUUGCUUUAUAUAUAAUUUCAAUA